AUGGCUGCUUCUCAAAAUGAACAUGAAAUAUCCUAUCCAAGAUUCUCUACCACUGAUGAUCUUAUUUAUGCCUUGAUGGACUUGUACUCUGACAUUCAGCAACUUUCUUACAACUUGCAUAUCAACCAAGCUCAGUCUGCUCGCUUGCUUGCUCGUUUAUCCUUGGUAAAUCAGGAACUAGCUGCUUGUGAACAUGACCUUGUUCGUCCCUCUUCAAAGCUAGAGCAUGCUUUGUACCGUCUACUCUCCUUUCUGCAGCAAGUGAAAGCCUUUUAUACUCGUUACUCUGACUCUCUCUGGUUUCAUACUGUCAUGCAUUGUACAAACGAUCGGCUUGAAUUUCUUCGUCUGCCCAUGGCAAUCUCAGUCUAA